UAUAUGCAGUGGGUCCCCCUCCCAUUGCAUCGUCCCUUCUCUACUCUAUAAGACGCACUCCUCCUCUCCUCACUGAAGAGGUUGUUUGGUAAAGGGCACAAGUGUUAAUUGUGACACCUCAAUCUAACUAUCUGAUUUAUUCCUUGGGGACUUCUGGCUUGGACAGCAAGAUGCUUCUUUCCUCCCUUCUGCUGUGCCUGAGUUUGGGGGCUUUGGUAAAAAGUGCUACUGGAAGUGAUUGGUGCUAUUCCAACUGCGAUAACACCCCGUCCACGUGGGAAUACCUCCACGGGGCGUCCUGUGGAGGAAAAAGGCAGUCUCCGAUUGAUAUAGACACCAACCUUGUUAAGGCUGACCUAGACCUGCAUAACUUUACCUUCGUCAACUUCUCUUCUAAGCAUGCCUUCAAAUCCAUGAUAAACAAUGGACACACAGUGAAAUUUAAUUUAGUCGACGGUGAAGUGGAGGUGAGUGGAGGUGGACUGAAAGAAACAUAUUCAUCAAUUCAGCUUCACUUCCACUGGGGCGACGCAGAUCAUCACCCAGGAUCAGAGCACAAGAUUGACGGGAAAAGAUAUCCGAUGGAGAUGCACAUAGUCAGUGUGAAGAAAGACCUAACGGUGCAGCAGGCCACGGAGACUUCAGAGGGAAUUGCCGCUAUGGGGUUCUUCAUAAAUGCAACAGAAGAUGGAGAUAUGUCGCCAACAUGGAGUAACCUCACAUCUUACCUGAUAGAUGUCACAGACGAGGAGGUUGAUAUGUAUCACAACAUCUCCAUCGACGACCUGAUUAAAGAUGUAGACCUCACAAAGUUUUACCGAUACCUGGGCUCGCUGACCACCCCUAACUGCAGUGAAGCAGUCGUGUGGACAGUCUUUCAUGAGCCAAUAAACAUCAACAAAAAUCUGAUCCAGAAGUUCCCCGAAAAGGCAGGAUUCAGAAACGUUUAUCGACCUACAAAACCUCUUAAUGGACGGCAGGUGUGGGCUUCGCGUGCAACUCCUUUACCCAGUCCUCCAUGGUGCUAUGGUGAUCACUGUGACUACACGCAGUCUCAAUGGCACCUCCUGCCUAAUAAUCUCUGCGACAGCGAACGCCAGUCACCCAUCAACAUUGAUAAAAGCAACGCCGUGACGGAGAAGAAACUCGAUGCUUUCCACUUUAAACAUUUUGACAACAAAACUGUCAUCGAGAAAAUCAUCAACACAGGCCACACAGUGAAGUGCGUACUGAAGGAGGAUGUGGUGGAGGUGUCAGGUGGAGGUCUGGGAAAUGUCUACUCCACCCUUCAGUUACACUUCCAUUGGGGCUCACAAGACUCUGAAGGCUCCGAGCACACAGUGGAUUCAAAGAGAUACCCUAUGGAGAUGCACAUAGUGUCCAAGAGGAAAGAUUUAAAUCUGACUGAGGCACUACAAACUCCGGAUGGUCUGGCUGUGCUUGGAUUUUUUAUUGAGGCCACAAGCGCAGAAGAAAAGAGCAACAGCAGCAGCUCAGGACAAAACAUGUCCUCAUCUGAUGUGGACGCCUGGGGACAGCUGACCUCCUACCUUUCAAAUAUUCAAAACAUCAAUUCAGAAGUUAAGGUCACCAAAGAGCUCUCCAUUGAUGACUUGCUUGGCAACGUGAACGUAGACACAUACUAUCGCUACAACGGCUCCUUAACCACGCCUUCGUGUAAUGAAGCUGUGGUUUGGACCGUGUUUAAAGAGUCCAUCAAGGUGGACAAAAACCUGAUGACGAUGUUUCCGACUGAGUUAGGAUAUCAUGAUGUGUAUCGGAAGGCACAAGAUCUUCACGGCAGGACCGUCUACACCACCGCAGCCGCAUCCAGAGCCCCCGUCUCCAUUGCACUGCUGCUCGCAUGUCUCUGCGCCUUUUACUUUAAAUGACAUUUCUGAGAAGUUGUACCAAUUGGAACUCCUGUAGAGCAAAAUACCAAUUAUCAUUCCCUUCAGAUUGUCCUUUCAUUAACUGUUAGCAAAAAGGCUGAAGUAGUGUUUGAUGAGUGAUCUCUAUACCUUUUAAGAAUGCAAUGAUGACAUUUUGUAAUCAAGAAUACAACAAAUAAGUGUCUCUAGAUAAAUACAUGACCUGGGUAGCACUUGAUUUAAUCAUCACCACAUGCUUUUGCUUAACAAAACAUAGCAUCAUUUAAUAAAACGCAAUAAUUAAGAAUGUCUUGGGUAUUGAAAACUAUUGUCUAUUAUCCUAAAUAAAUGAUGUAAUCUCACAGAAAAUGUUAAAAAAAUGUGUUGUUUUGAUAUUAUGUUUGGGUUAGGGUUAAGAGUAAAAGUUUGGUGUCUUUAACUGAAAAUGUAUAAAUAUCAAGCAAUAAAAGCUAAACGUUUUUUUCCCAGUGAAAUCAGAAAUUAGAAUGAGUCAAUUCAUGUACUAUUACCUCACUUUUGUACUUGAUGUUCCCGAAUUCAGCUUUUGAGUUUUCACACACCCAGCAUCUUGCACACUAUCAUUGCAACAUCAAACAUUUGAUUGACUCAUUAAAACUAAUUGAAGAAUA